UUUCAUAGAUGAAAUGCCUUCUCUUGUUGCCCUGGUAGUCUGAGAACUAUAAGCCUCAAAGAGUGUCAAAUUAUAAGAAUGACUAGCUUGGAGGAUGUGAUCAGACCUGAAAAGAAGGUGAAAGUGCUUCGUGUAGGCUUGUACGAACUGGAGAAGACAAUAGGAAAGGGAAAUUUUGCCAUUGUGAAGUGUGCUAUGCACAUGAUUGCAAAAUGCAGGGUUGCCAUCAAGAUAGUAAACAAGAUGAAGCUGGAUGAAGAAAAUAUGAAGAAGAUUCUUCGCGAGAUAGAAAUAAUUAAACUCCUGAGGCAUCCUCACAUCAUACGGUUGUACCAGGUGAUGGAGACAGAGAAGAUGCUCUACCUUGUCAUGGAAUAUGCAAGUAAUGGAGAGAUCUUUGAUUAUCUUGUGGCCAACACAAGAAUGACAGAACCUGAAGCCAGGUGCAAAUUUCGGGAAAUUGUAUCUGCCAUAGAUUAUUGUCAUAGGAAGCGCAUUGUACAUCGGGACAUCAAGGCUGAAAAUCUUCUCUUGGAUCACAACAUGUCUAUCAAAAUAGCUGAUUUUGGAUUCAGCAAUUUCUACGAGCCAGGUGCCAAGUUACGCACUUGGUGUGGGAGUCCACCAUAUGCUGCCCCAGAACUGUUUGAGGGUCGUGAUUAUGAUGGUCCCAAGGCUGAUAUUUGGAGUCUUGGAAUAGUUUUAUAUGUCCUGGUGUGUGGUGCUCUCCCAUUUGAUGGAAAUACAUUGCACUCUCUUCGCCAAAAAGUUUUGUGUGGAAAGUUCAGAGUCCCAUAUUUCAUGAGUUCAGAUUGUGAGAACCUUCUUCGCAACAUGCUGGUUGUGGACCCAGAGAAGCGAUAUAACUUGACUCAAGUGCAAGAGCACAGUUGGAUGAGACAUGGUGAUUCCUUCUUCCCAGCUGUUUAUUCUCCUUCACAUUCCCCCAUGGAGGAACCUCUUGUUCCUCUUGAUGAAGAGAUUCUGCAUUACAUCUCCAGCAUCUCUGGCCUCUCACUGCAUCAGGUUCUCCAGGUGUGUUCUGUUGCCCUAUUGGUGUUGGUCCUAUUUGGAACAAUUCCUGCCAGUGCUCAAAAUGGGUCAGUAGAGAUGGAGAAAUUUGAUCACAUCAGUGCCCUCUACCACUUGAUUAUGGAGCAGAAAACGUCAUCACCACUUCUUGUUUCAUCUACAACCAGGAUGGGUGAUGAUGUUGGUCACCCUGUUGGGCUACAUUGGGCUGACAGCCAUCUGGAGAGGUACAUAGCUUAUGAUAUUUGCAUUGACAUGGUUCAGUAUGGAGAUGUGGAAGUCAGUGAAUUGGCAAUGGAGGAGGAGGUGGCCAAUGCUCAAGAGGAAAGAGAGCGAGAUAAGGAAAGAGUCCUCACCACUCGGCGGCACACUGUUGGACCUGGGGACCACUCUCAUGAACAGGUGAAUGGUAGUGACCUGGAUGGUGGAGCCCAGAUCUGUAUGCAACCAACCUUCAUUCUUCCUCACAUCAACUUACCUCAAAAUCUCCCACUGGUUCAAGAUCAGAGCCCCUUGAAUUUUUCUGUAAAGAACCAGCAUCUUUUGAAACCACCACUUGUCAUGGAAACUUCUUGGGGAUUUGGAAGAAGAGCAUCAGAUGGUGGAGCUGAGUUACAUAUAUCUCCUGCAAGCCUGGUAUAUGGAAGGGAGUCCAAAUAUCACUUAGCAAUCCCAGGAAGCAAAAGUGAUGAGGAUUCUCCUUCUCCUGACUCAGCUGCUGUCAGCAGCUAUCUAGCGCUACGAGGUAGCCAGAAAAGGCACACAGUUGCUUCUCCUGAACUACCCAAAAGCCCAGUAGGCAGCACAAGUCCAAGUGCAUCUGCUCGAAUGAGACGAACAGGACUACAGGCACUCACGGAGCAAAGUAACGUGGUGCCUCCCCUGUGCUUGGCCAGUCUACUGAAGCAACUUCAACCCCUGCCUUCUAAGUCAGGGGUCCGCAAGGGAGCGACUCGUUUACGUCGCUCUGGCCUUGCUACUGUCCUUGAACAGCCUGGUCCUUUUCAGUACCUCUCAUCAGGUCGUGGUGGAGGAGGAGGAGGAAGUGGUGGUGGGAGUAGCAGUGGAGUGGGAGGAGCUAUUAGUGGUGGGAGUACCAGUUUGCAAGUCCCAAGUGAGAGGUUUAAUCCUGUCAGGCGAGCCAGUGAUGGCUCUCCUAUAACCAGUCUUCAGAGGGAGUAUCAACUUCUCCAACAACAACAUCAAGGUGGAGAGGAAGAACUUGCAGAAAUGCAGCAAUAUCACAAUCAACACCUCCAAAACUUGCCUUUCUCCUCACCACGUCUCUCUCCAACUACUUCACCCCCAGUCACUGGCUCCCCAGUUCGAGGAAGUGAGAGUCCUACACUUAAUCAACAACUGCAAGGUCUGCAGCUUGUACAAAACUCUUCCUUAUUUAUUUCAUCUUCAACCUCCCCAUCCAAUUCUCCAAACUCCCUAUCACCAUCUGGACCUGGACCAGGUUCUACUUCUUCAGCUCGGGGUAGCAUCACCCAAGGGACCCCUAAUAUUCUUCCACUUCUCUUCAGCAUCCCAGAAGACUCAAGGGACCAUCCUCAGAUAUCUGUGACAGACCUUUCCACUGAUGAUGCCCCUCUUGGUAGCUUCCAGCUCCCUGUGUUACCCAUGAAUGGUUGCUCACCUGCACCCUCCAUAACCAAAGGUACAUCCAUCACUCACCAGUAUCAGCUUCAACAGCAACAGUUUCGAGAAUCUGUGAUACGACAUGGAUCAGAAGAUACAUCAGCACAUCUGGCUCGAGAGGGAUCACUCAGUUUCCUCCUCAGUGAAGAGAUGGCACAGCUGAGUUCUGCUCAAGUUUUCUCCUGGAUUGAGGGAAUUGCAAAAGACCAAGUUCCCAACCUAGAAUGUCGGGCAUCUCAUGGAGAACAGCCUAUUCUGUUGCUAGGAGAGCCAAAUGGUGCACUUUCCAUGCAAGUGUCCCUUUUUCAAGAACCCAAUUCACAUGUAAGGAGAGUAAAAAUUCGACAUCUAGAAGGAGAUGGAUCCCUUUACACACAGCUGUGCCAUCAACUCAUUCUGUGCAUUUCUGCAUGA